CAGGAUGUUCAGCUGGCUGCGGGGGCAGCCGAAGCGCAGCCCCGGGGCCGUGCGGACGGUGCGGGAAGGGCUGAAGGAGCUGUACCGGCGGCGGCUGCUGCCCCUGGAGCGCCUCUAUCGCUUCCACGAGUUCCAUUCGGCCCCGCUGGAGGACGCCGACUUCGAGGGCAAGCCCACGGUGCUGGUGCUGGGGCAGUGCUCCACGGGCAAGACCUCCUUCAUCCGCUACCUGCUGGAGCAGGACGUGCCCGGCAGCAGGGUGGGGCCCGAGCCCACCACCGACCGCUUCGUGGCCAUCAUGCACGGCCCCGAGGUGGCCAUCACCCCCGGCAACGCCCUGGUGGUGGACCCCGAGAAGCCCUUCCGCAAGCUCGACCCCUUCGGCACCGCCUUCCUCAACAGGUUGGUCUGUGCCACUCUGCCCAACCAGGUCCUGGAGAGCAUCAGCAUCAUCGACACCCCUGGCAUCCUGGCAGGGGCCAAGCACAGAGUCUCCAGGGGCUAUGAGUUCCCGGCCGUGCUGCGCUGGUUCUCGGAGCGGGUGGACCUGAUCCUGCUGCUGUUCGACGCCCACAAGCUGGAGAUCUCGGAGGAGCUGGCCGAGGCCAUCCGGGCGCUGCGGGGGCAGGAGGACAAGGUGCGGGUGGUGCUCAACAAAGCCGACAUGGUGGAGACUCAGCAGCUGAUGAGGGUCUACGGAGCCCUGAUGUGGGCGCUGGGCAAAGCCUUCGACACCCCCGAGGUGCUGAGGGUCUUCAUCGGCUCCUUCUGGGCCGAGCCGCUGCUGGUGCCCGACAACCGGAGGCUGUUCGAGCUGGAGGAGCAGGACCUGUUCCGCGACAUCCAGAGCCUGCCGCGCAACGCCGCCCUGCGCCGCAUCAACGACCUGGUCAAGAGGGCGCGGCUGGUGCGGGUGCACGCACACAUCCUGGACCACCUGCGCAAGGAGAUGCCCUCCGUGUUCGGCAAGGAGAGCAAGAAGAAGCAGCUGAUCGCCAGCCUGCCGCGCGUCUUCGCCCGCAUCCAGCUGCAGCACCGCAUCCCCCCGGGGGACUUCCCCGACUGCGCCCGCAUGCAGGAGCAGCUCCUGGCGCACGACUUCCGCCGCUUCCCGGUGCUGAAGCCUCGGCUGCUGGCGGCGCUGGAGGAGCUGCUGAGCGCUGGCAUCGCCGCCCUCAUGCCCCUGCUGCGCCAGGAGGAGCUGCAGGCACCGCCGGGCGGCGUCGGCACCAUCCAGGGCGGCGCCUUCGAGGGUUGCCGCCAAGGUCCUUUCGGGGGGGAAGACGACGACGACGAAGCGGCGGCGACGGCGACGGCGACGGAGGAAGGGGAGGAGGAGGAGGAGGAGUGGGCAGUGACGAAGGACAAAGCUAAGUACGACGAAAUCUUCUACGGGCUGGCACCGCUGGGGGGGAAGCUGAGCGGCAGCCGUGCCAAGGGCUGGAUGGUGAGCAGCAACCUGCCCAGCUCCGUGCUCGGCCGCAUCUGGCAGCUCAGCGACGUGGACGGGGAUGGGAUGUUGGACGCCGAAGAGUUCGCCCUGGCAGGGCACCUGAUCGGUGCCAAGCUGGAGGGCAGGGGCUUGCCCACCGACCUGCCCCCGCGCCUGGUGCCGCCCUCCAAGAGGAGGCCCAAGGGCUCCGCCGAGUGAGGAGGAGGAGGAGGAGGGAGGAGGGAGGAGGAG